ACUCACUUAACAAACGUAGCCCAUUAAUUGGAGUCUCAACCAAGAGACAAUCAAUGGCUAGUCCAGUGGCAUUUCUAAUUGCCGUAUUCACCGUGCCAAUUAUGUCACUUCUUGUAAGCCCCGUUUCCUGCAGGCGGUACCUAUCGGCGUCGUCAGCCCAAGGCUACGGCUGGUCCCAGGGCGGCGCGACGUGGUACGGGAGCCCUUACGGCGCCGGCAGUGACGGUGGUGCGUGCGGUUAUCAAGGCGCCGUCGGCAAGCGCCCGUUCUCGUCGAUGAUCGCCGCCGCCGGCCCUUCCCUCUUCAAGGACGGCAAAGGCUGCGGCGCAUGCUAUCAGCUUAAGUGCACCGGUAACAAAGCCUGCUCCGGCCGGCCAGUGACCAUCACCAUCACCGACUCCUGCCUUGGUGGGGUCUGCCUCGCCAAUGCGGCGCACUUUGACAUGAGCGGCACCGCCUUUGGCGCCAUGGCCAACCGCGGCAUGGCCGACCGCCUCCGAGCCGCCGGAAUCCUCAAGAUCCAAUACAAGAGGGUGCCGUGCAACUACAACAGCAUGGGCAUUGCCUUCAAGGUGGACGCGGGCUCCAACCCGUACUACCUCGCCGUGCUGAUCCAGUACCAGAACGGCGACGGUGACCUUGCCGCGGUGGAAAUCAUGCAGGGCGGUGCGUGGACGUCGAUGCAGCACUCAUGGGGCGCAAUGUGGCGCGUCAACUCGAACACCGGCAAGCCACUGCGCGCGCCAUUCUCGGUCAGACUCACCUCGGGCUUCCGCAAGGUGCUCGUCGUAAGGAACGCCAUCCCAGCCGGGUGGCGCCCCGGGACGACCUACCGGUCCACGGUGAAUUACGGCACCUAAGACAUUAGUGUAGAUUGCUUAUGUUUGCUGCUCCGAUCUACAAGCUUUUGCUGUAAACAAAAUAGGAAGCGUUAUCACCCGUUAGGGGCCGCGUCAUGUAUUAAUAGGCAGGGAACAGCUCCUGUGUGACUUGUACAAUCAUGAUCUUGGAUUACAAUCGAUCAAGAGAUA